UCCAUCUACUCAGGAAAUUUCAAAAGAUUACCCAUUUGCCAAAAGGCCUGCCACCUCAAAACUUAGAAAAUUGCUCCCUCUUCCCAUAAAUACCAGAGGUGGUUCUCCCCCUUGACACAGAGAGAGAGAGAGAUGGAAAUGGAAAUGGAGAAAAGUAGAGUGUUGGUGGUGGGUGGCACAGGGUACAUCGGCCGGAGAAUUGUGAAGGCGAGCCUCGAAGCCGGCCACCCCACCUACGUUCUUCAGAGGGCAGAAAUAGGGUUAGACAUCGACAAGCUCCAAAUGCUUUUAUCUUUCAAGAAACAAGGAGCUCACCUUGUUGAGGCCUCAUACAGUGAUCACCAAAGCCUCGUCGAGGCCGUGAAACUCGCGGAUGUGGUCAUAUCAGCCAUUUCUGGAGCUCACAUUCGAAGCCACCAAAUUCUUCUCCAGCUUAAGCUGGUUGAGGCCAUUAAAGAAGCAGGCAAUGUUAAGAAGUUCCUGCCAUCCGAGUUCGGCAUGGACCCGGCACGCAUGGCCCAUGGACUUGCGCCAGGUCGGAUCACCUUUGACGAGAAGAUGGUGGUCCGAAAGGCGAUAGAGGAGGCCGGGAUUCCGCGCACUUAUGUCUCUGCCAAUUGCUUUGCCGGAUACUUUGCGGGCGGCUUGUGCCAAAUUGGGCGGAUCACACCUGCUCGAGACCGGGUCCUCAUUUUAGGAGAUGGUAACGCCAAAGCUAUAUUUGUAGACGAAGAUGAUGUUGCUGCUUACACUAUAAAAGCGAUAGACGACCCUCGAACUCUAAACAAGACUGUUUAUUUGAGACCCCAAGAAAACAUCCUCUCUCAAAGGGAGUUGGUGGAGAUAUGGGAGAGCCUCAUUGGUAAAACCCUUGAAAAGAUACAGGUGCCUGAGGAAGAGUUUCUAGACUCCAUGAAAGGUAAGGAUAUUGGACAACAAGCAGGCAUAGGACAUUUGUACCAUAUUCUCUACGAAGGUUGUUUGACUAAUUUUGAGAUUGGAGAGGAAGGCGUGGAGGCAUCUCAAUUGUAUCCAGAUAUCAAUUACACCCGCAUGACAGAUUACCUCAAGCAAUAUCUCUAGUUUCACAAAUACCUUCCUUCUUAUCUCCCUAUAAAUUCAAAGCUGGAAUGUUCAUCAAGGUUAAGAUUACCGUAUUUGCAUAUUUUUUUGUGUCUGACAAAUAAAUAUUGGAUUCAGCUGUGUCGUACAUAUAAUCUCUCUCUCUCAACAUAUAUGUUCAUGUUGUUAUCGUAUGGAUAUGUAUUUUUUGAUAAGAUCAAGUAUUUUUGUAUGGA